AGCUGAAACAUUUGUAUUCAGCUCUAAUCAUUGUGAAUAGAACCUUCUUGUUGUUUUCCAGUGGAGUUGAAUGUCAAAAUGCUGGUUGCAAAAGAGGUCUUCCAAUUUCUGGUUAUUUGUGUUGAGAUUCUCCUCUCUACAGCGAGUGAUAAAGCUUUUCCUGGGCCGGUGGUACUUCUUCCUUUGAACAAACAAUUUGGUACGAGAGACAUAAGUAARAAUCCUCAGACUACCACUGCUGRUAAUGUAUCUCUGRCUACUGGACCAUAUGGGAAACCAGAYGGGGCAUACUAUUUUCCAGGAAACCCUUCAGGAUAUAUUGAAAUUCCAAAACAACCCAAGACAGACACGAGGUACAAUAUGUCAUUUUUCACUUGGAUCUAUAACCAAGGCUCGUAUGGGCCAAUAUUAAACUAUGAAGCUAAUGCAAAUUGGGGUCUUCACGUCUUUAUCCAUACGCCAUCCAUAUUCUAUGUCAGUUUGGUUACUCGAGAUAACGCAAACGACGCUUCAGUUGUUAAAAUCGAAGACACUAUUGCAAAAAAUGCAUGGACAUUUGUUGGAUUUACUUAUGACUACAACGCUGGGAAAGUGAGACUUUACAUUGACGGAACGCUUAAAAAGGAGGCACCGUCCCCGAAACACGAGCUGAAUACAAACUUCAAGAUUCGAAUUGGUGGUACGAAGUAUGGACAUUUAGCAGAUAAAGCGUUCCCUGGAAGGUUAUCGUGUCUUCAAAUAUAUGACGUUGCACUUACAGACGCCCAAGUAAAGUUUAUUCAACGCUAUUGUCGUGAUGUUCUUGAUAACUUUAAACCAUGCGUGAAUCACACAUCAAUUGAUGUUUUUGAUCGGCAACUGAGCAAGAAAGAAGGUGUUCAUCCUCCAGACAAAACUACCAUCGAUCUCACCCAAUGGUAUAGAUUUAUAGGGAAAAGGAUUCUUUCAUCCUGUCCGACGUCAAGCUCCUGUGGGACCCAGACUCCAGGAUGGCUUAACGGUCAAUAUCCUUCGCUAGAAGAUGGGAUAAAAACAAUGGAAUUGUGCUAUCGCAAAAAUUCUGAUUGCUGUGCCUUCAAAAUCAGUGUGCUCGUAAGGCAGUGUUAUGGACAUUACGUCUUCAACUUUCAUAACUUUCCUGUCGAAGGCCGAUUUUGCACAGAAACAGUUCCAAAGUAUUUAGCUGACAUAAUGUUUAUGUCGACAAAUGAAAGAUGCUUAGUUAAUCACGUGUUUUAUACUGAUGAACAAGUCAAAGACGCGACUACAUGUGUCAGCUAUUGCCUGAAUGCUAGGAAUACAUGCAAGUCUGUUAACUAUAUCAACGAAGGGAGCGGUAAGUGCCAGCUUAACAACGCCACAAAGUCUGAGGGUCACCUUCGAGAAGAUUCUAGAUGUAUUCAUUAUGAAUUGAUUUUAUAAACCUUUUAAUUGUUUGGAGUUGUAAUAUACAAUUGUUUAGUGGUCAGCAAAGAAUGGGACAAAUCCCUUCAAAUUUUUCAAACGUUGAGUCCAGGGGACUUAGCACCCUCGACGRAUCAUGGGUCUCAUUAUGAAAAAAAGACACAUGUGACAUCUUGAGCUAUAAAUUGCUCUCUGACAUUACCGAGAAAAACUCCUUAGAAAUCCCUGUAAGUUUCGAUAAAGCGCGGCUUCUUUGCCAUCAAAUAUAUCAAUGACUAAGAGGAAGAAUGAAGGUCUGUUUGUUGGAUCCACUUCAAAGCCAAAGUACUUUCAACGCGUCCUAGGACGUAGCAUAGACUUUUAAAUGAMAUUGGUGUAGCCAUACCAAAAUUGAUAGGGAACCUCAGACUAGACAACGUACGAGUACAAGAUUGAGUUCAAUCGCUACCGAAGUGCUGGCUAAGCUAACUUGAACGCAACUCCUGUCGCCCCUCCGAGAGCACAGACCAUGACUCCCYUCUGGUCAGAAGUUCACCCUGAAGCCUUUCAUCAAUGUAAGUCUAACAAGGAACAUCAAUACGUCUUCUGAAGUAGCUGUACAACGCUAAAACGAACGUGUGACAGACAAACGAUGAUUCUCUCCAGUCGAAAGUUAAAUUGGAGAGAAUUGGAGAGAAUCGCGAAGUAUUUCUGCAAUGUUCCCUACCAGAGAACGYUGUCGUACCCCGACUUAUCAUCACAUUACGUCAUUAGCGAGUCUCUUUGCAGAAGCGGAYCCUGGAUGUUCCACAGGGAGGACAAAAUUAUUUCCCUGAAGAUACAAAUUAGGAAAGUAUYAAAUAAUAUAGAUCUCAGGAGAGGGUGCGUUUAUCYAGUUUAUCCAAUUUAAAGGGACWAUCAUAGAUAUGGGAUUCAAGAAAAAUUCAUUAGAUGACUCGGGAAUUCCGCAAUGAAUUUCUUUCGAAAAAAAAAAGAACGAUAUCGUCUUUCUCUUGAAAUUAAUUGCGGAAUAGGCAAUUUGUAUUAUGACGUCAUUUAAUACAGCUACCAGAAUGCUUUGCCAACUUUCUUUUGUCAUGCAAUUAGUGUCAAUAGAUUUACUAAUCUCUAAAGGGCUUUAAAAAUCUCUGUUAAAUGUAAUAAAGUCAUCAUGCAAAUGGCCUAUUCCCUCGUGGUCCAAUGAAUUUUCCUGUAGAAGCUGUAUGCUCAUAACAAAAACUGAUUAAUUAAAUAUGCAUAUUAUCAUUAUCUUUUAUAUUUUGAUCGAAUUUUUAAAAACCUUUGGAAGUAAUAAUAGCUUUCUGAUCGUUUUUUCUUGCGACUAGUCAGUUUAUGUAUAGAGCAUUUUAUGUUGUAAUAGUCCUUUUUGAAGAAUAUUUGUAUAGGAAAUAGCACGUUUUGUAGUGAUAUUUGGGAUAAAUACCACUUGUGAUAUUAAUUCAAUGAAUCGCUUUGCUCGUGAAAUUUUGUUCGACAAUUUUGAAAUAUCACAAGUGGUAUUUAUCCCAAAUUCCACGGACAAAACAUGCUAUUAUA